AUGUCAAAGACAUGCUGUAACUUCCUCUUGACUUCUCGAUUAUUUGGGGGGUUUCUCCUGUCUGCAGUAAUUGCUUUCCAGGCAUUGCGAAUCACGACAGGUUGCGAUGGUACCGAAUGCAACAAAAAGAUUCCCUCUGGAAAAACCACCCAGCACGCAGAGUAUCUGAAUCAAUUCAACGAAAUGAACUCUCUGUCAGAGGAACGGAAACACAGGGAUGCUGGAUCUGUUAUUCCUUUCGUUGGCCUCACUGGAAGUUCAAGACAAAGCCGCAACUGUUGCCAGAAUGGAGGUACCUGCAUUCUAGGGAGCUUUUGUGCUUGUCCCAAGCACUACACUGGCAGGAGCUGUGAAUAUGAUGAGCGAGUCAGGAGCUGUGGUAUCAUUCCGCACGGAGAGUGGGUGCAGAAAGGUUGUUCAUACUGCAGAUGCGGAUAUGGAUUCCUCCACUGUUUCCCUCAAGUCUUCCAUGAUAACUGUGAUGAUUCUCAGGAAGUUCUUUGGUUUCCUUCACAUGGCUCCAGAAUGCAGCAGCCAAAGUACUUCAUGUAUCUAGCACUACUUUUCCUUGUCUUUAUGUGACCUGUGAGGAUAUUCAUAGUUUCAGCUCUGAAAUAUUUCUGAGCAUUUCCUUCAAGUCUGUAAGUGGCAAUAGCUAUUGUACCACUUGU